AUGGGGAAAAAGCGAGCGAAGCGGUUGUUGGAGUCCUACGAGGCGAACGGCAAGCGACUCGAACCUGGGGUUUGCGUCAUGCUGCGGCCACCCAGCCCCAAGACCCCCUCCUACAUUGCGCGGAUCGAGAAGAUCGAAUCUGAUGCUGCGGGUCGAGUCAAGAUGUGGUGCCGCUGGUACUACCGCCCAGAGGAGUCUAUAGGGGGGCGUCGGUGCUUCCAUGGAGUGAAGGAGCUGUUUCUGUCUGAUCACUAUGAUGGCUGCUACCCAGAGGCAGUGGAAGGCGUGUGCUUUGUGCACAACCUGAAGGAUUACGCUUACUUAGAUGUGGUUGAGGAGGAGGACUUCUUUUGCCGGUUCGAGUACAACGCGUCAACAGGGAUGUUCGCGCCAGAGAGUGUUGCAGUGUACUGCAAGUGCGAGAUGCCAUACAACCCUGACAAUCUCAUGGUUCAGUGUGAAGACUGCAAAGACUGCUGGUCCGCGCGGGCCAUCAAGACGUUUGGCAUGGCGGAGCUGGAGGCUCGGAAGCUCAAGUACCCCACCACUGGCACGGAGGCGCUGCUGAUGGGCAUGCUCACAGAAGGCACCAACUAUGGGGCGCGGUUCCUGCGGGCAAACGGCAUCAAGCUGAUGGACCUGCGGGUGAGGACGGUGGAGCUGCUGGGCAAGGCCGACAUGUACUACUUCAGCCCGGAGCACCCGCCGCUCACUGAGCCCGCCCUGGCCGCGCUGCAGUGGGCCAUCGCCAAGCACAAGGAGCUCGGGCGGACGGGGGAAAUCUCAACGGCGCUCAUCCUGCUGGGCAUCUGGGAGCAGCGCGAGUCUGCCGGUCACAAGCUGCUCGCGCAGCUCGGCUUCCACGACGCCCUCGCCUCGCAACUCACCUCCGAUCUUUCAGCGGUUGCUGCCUAG